AUGUCUGUCCCUGUUCUCAUCUCUGCUGCUCAGGUGAUCCUGAAUCCCUUGAUUCCACUAGCAACUGAACAGAUCAAACUGGCCUGGGGUUUCAAGGAUGACCUUCGAAGGCUUAAAGAUAGGUUGGAAUUGGCACAAGCUCUGUUACGUGAUGCUGAGAACCACCGGCGAGUAAAUCUAGAAGUCCUGCAACUUUGGCUGAAGAAACUCAACUCUGUUACAUGCAGUGCUGAUGACGUGAUGGAUGAACUUGCCUUUGAAGUCCUUCGACGAAAGAUGGAGGUACAAAACCGAUUCAAGAUGGCUAAUAAGGUCAAGAACAACAAGGUACGCAAGUUCUUCUUCUUCUGCCUUUCAAAUCCUCUGCCAUUUCGUUUCAAGAUGGCUAAUAAGGUCAAGAAUAUCAAUUUGUUGUUAGAUGAUCUUUGUAAAGGAGCAAAUGACAUCGGUCUUAGACUAGCUGAUCAGAUCUUAAAUGCUGCUAGUACUAGUGUUGAACCUAGAGAAGUCAAUUUCAGGCUGACUCACCCCUUUGUAGAUGAUAAACAAGUUGUGGGAAGGGAUGGUGAUGUGUCAACAGUGAUAGACAUGUUACUUAGCUCUGACAACACUGUAGAUGAUUUACCUGUCAUUGCCAUUGUAGGAAUGGGUGGGAUGGGCAAGACAACCCUUGCUCAGCUAGUUUACAACAAUGAGAAGGUGGUGAAGCAUUUUGGUGAUCAAAGGAUGUGGAUUUGUGUGUCUGAUGAUUUCAUAGUUCCAAAGCUAUUGAAUCAGAUGGUACAAUCUCUUACACGAGAUACGUCUGAGAUAGAAAAUAUUGAAGGAAUAGUGAGAAAGCUUGGUGAAAAACUAAAUGGAAAAAAAUAUUUGCUUGUACUCGACGAUGUUUGGAAUGAAAAUCCAGACAAAUGGGAGUGCAUGAGAAAUUCUUUGCUAGGGAUAGGUGGAUCUAAGGGAAGCAAAAUUAUAGCUACAACCAGGAGUAUGCAUGUGGUAUCUACCAUGAGGACAUCUCCAUCUCUCACUCAUCAUUUGAACCAACUAUCAGAACAUGAAAGUUGGACCAUGUUUCGGAAAAGAGCAUUUGCAAAUGGAGGACCAACAGAGACCCCAAAUUUGGUGGCUAUUGGCAGAAAAAUGGUGGAAAAGUGUAAGGGUGUACCAUUGGCAAUAAAGUCACUAGGAGGUUUAAUGUACUCUAAGCAAUACAAUUACGAAUGGGUGUCGAUUGAAAAUAGUGAAAUAUGGAGCUCAACUGAAAUCAAAAGUGGAAUUCAACCGAUAUUAAGGUUAAGUUUUGAUCACUUACCAUCACCGUAUUUGAAACAUUAUUUUGCGUAUUGUUCUAUUUUUCCAAAAGAUUUCGACAUUCAAAAGGAUAAGUUGAUUCAGCUUUGGAUGGCUCAAGGAUAUCUCCAGCCUUCUUCGGCAAGCAAUUUGGAAAUGGAAGAUGUUGGUAACGAUUAUUUUAAUAUUUUGUUGCACAAUUCUUUAUUUCAAGAUAUUGAAUUGGAUGAGUACAAUAAUAUUACCAGUUGCAAAAUGCACGAUCUUGUGCAUGAUUUGGCACUAGAUGUCUCAGAGGGUAACUGUUUGGCUUUGACUUCUAUUGCUAGUGAGGCGAAUUACCAUCCCGAGGUUCAACAUCUGUCAUUUGAUUUAAUGCGAAAUGUAAGUUUUGAAAUUCCAAAAGAAAAUGUUGGGAAAUUGAGGACACUACUUUUAAAAGAAAGUCUCCCUAAAAACAUUUAUGAAGUCAAAUGUAUACGUGCCCUGAAGUUGGAAGGGUACGAAGUGGAAGAGUUGCCAGAUUCCAUAUGUAAGUUCAUACAUUUGAGAUACCUUGAUAUCUCAAGGUCACAUAUUGAAACACUACCAAAUUUUAUCACCAAGCUCUACAAUUUACAAACACUAAGACUUUCACAUUUAACCCAGUUGAAAAAGCUUUCAAAAAAGUUCUAUAAGUUGGUUAGCUUGAGACAUUUUUGUAUUGAUUACAAAACAUGGGACAGGGAAUUCAUGCCAAUGAUGAUAGGGAAGUUGACUUCUUUGCAGACACUACCAUUCUUUGUUGUGGGUGAGGAUAAGGGCCAUAAGAUUGAAGAGCUGGGUAGCUUAAGCAAACUAAGAGGUAAAUUAAUGAUUUACAAUCUCAAACAGGUGAAAGGCAAGAAAGAAGCAGAAAAGGCAAAUAUAUCAGGAAAGCUAAACAUUCAUGAAUUGAGAUUUCGUUGGGAUAUGUGGGAGGGUCGUUCAACAGCAGAAGACACUGCUAGCAUUAACCACAAAGACGUGCUGGAAGGACUUAAACCUCAUGGGAGCCUUAAGGUUUUAAAACUUGAGAAAUUUGAAGGACAAAAUUUUGCAUCAUGGAUGAUGAGUGGUAGGGAUGCACAGUUGCUUCAAAAUUUGGUUAAGAUAGAAUUAUCCGAGUGCACGAGAUGUGAACAAGUCCCACCUCUCGGACACCUUCCGCAUCUUGAGGUCAUUAGAAUGUAUAGAUUAAGUAAUCUGAAAUGUAUUGGUCCUGAAUUCUAUGGUUGUCACAGUGUUGUUAAUCAUGAUCAAUGUAAUGAUGGCAUCAUCACUGGUAGCUAUAGUGGGGGAGUAACAACAGCAACAGCAAAAGCUAUGGCCGUUGUAUUUCCAGCACUAAGAGAACUCUAUCUGGAUGAUAUGGAAAACCUAGAAGAAUGGUGUGGGCUUGGGGUAACAUCAUCGUCGUUGGACACCACGAUGUUCUUUCCUCUGCUUGAGUUUGUACGCAUUAGGGAUUGCCCCGAGUUGACUACAAUUCCAGGUCACUUGUUAUCCUUGCAGGAAUUGAUUUGCGGUGAUCACCCAGAAACGCAUCGCCCUACACAUCACCCUUACUUGAGAAUAGCAUCUAGGGGUUCGAAGAUGGGUGUUUUACUGGUAGAUUUCCUGGAAAAAAGCAGCAAAACCCUAAGAAAGAUGACAGCAAUUUCUUUGAAAGAGCUAUGUUAUUUACCAAAGGGGCUGUUACAACAAACCCUUGUAACAUUAGAGAUAGAAUAUUGUCCGAAUUUAGUAAUUGCUGAUCCAGAUGAAUUAUGCAGCCUCCCAUCCCUUCAGAGCUUGACGAUUAUACAAUGUCCAAGAUUGGCUGGUUGUUGGGAGGAGAGGCUAUUUUGCCUGACCAGCCUUCAAACAUUGAAGAUAGGUUUCUUCUCAGAAGAGCUCGAAUAUUUCCCCUGGCCUUCCACCACCGUAAGUGCUGCAUCUGCAUCUGCUUCCAAAUAUCACCCAAACCCCAAACACUACCCCUUCAUCUCCUUGGUGUCUCUGACUCUACUUGGCUGGAAAAGGCUCAAGUAUCUGCCUGAUCAACUUCAGCACCUCACUACCUUGAGAGACUUGUCAAUUUCACAGUUUCAUGGACUCGAAGCUCUGCCGGAGUGGCUGGAGGAAAGAUGCGCAAGGGGAAGUGGCCAAGAAUGGCACAAGAUUGCCCAUAUUCCAUCCAUCCACAUCAGGCCCUAUUAAAGAUCACGAGAUGAAUGAUGAAUCUUCCCCUACAAAUGAUGAAUAUUCUUCUUCAAGAUGAACCAUUAGAUAGUCUACUGCCAAUUAUGUAAUUUCCUUGUUAACUUCUCUCUCUCUCUCUCUCUAAAAUUCAUCAGUUUUAUUAAUCUAGCUUUUUGAUAUGUAUUAUACAUUUUAUUUGGUCUCUAGUGUACGCUUAGCCAAAUCAUGAGUAUGUAAUGGUUUAUAACACAAUAACAACUCAUUCAGCA